UAAGAUGCUGAGUUUCCAGCGCACUCAGGCUUAGAAAGGAAAGUGACAGCAGCCCCACUUAAGCUCGACUAUUGAAGCUUCCAGAGAGGUUAAGAGUAAGCACGGAAAGGAGAAAAACAAGGUGGCGAGCCCACCGGGAGCCCUAGCAAGAGACGACUUGCCACAUCCCUGCAAAUACAGUCGGGUGGGUGGGCAUUUCUGGUUCUUCUGCAAGGAAGAUCCUUCCUUGCCUGGGCCCACAAAAGAUGCUGAAACAAUCCCACCUCGCCAUGCCUUGGCUCUGCCUGUUCGUGGUGGCUUUUGUCACGCACCCAGCCUGGUCCCAGAAGACCCCUAAGCGUAAGACGCCGGCACAGCUCAAAGUGGCCGCCUGCUGUGAGGACGUGAAGGCGCUCAAGGCCCAAAUGGCCAACCUGAGCAGCCUGCUGGAGGAGCUGAGUCAGAAGCAGGAGCGGGACUGGGUGAACGUGGUCAUGCAGGUCAUGGAGCUGGAGGGCAAGGCCAAGCGCGUGGAUGCGCGUCUGGCGGAGGCCGAGACCAAGUAUUCUGAAAUGAACAACCAGGUGGGCAUCAUGCAACUGCAGGCAGCACAGACCGUCACUCAGACCUCAGCAGAUGCCAUGUACGACUGUUCUUCCCUUUACCAGAAGAACUACCGUAUCUCGGGAGUGUACAAGCUUCCUCCUGACGACUUCCUGGGGAGCCCGGAGCUAGAGCUCUUCUGUGACAUGGAGACUAUGGGAGGUGGCUGGACCACCAUCCAGAGACGCAAGAGUGGCCUGGUCUCCUUCUACCGGGACUGGAAGCAGUACAAAGAAGGCUUUGGCAGCGUUCGUGGGGACUUCUGGCUGGGGAACGAAAACAUCCACCGACUUUCCAGGCAGCCGACCCGGCUCCGGGUGGAGUUGGAGGACUGGGAGGGCACCAUGCGUGUCGCGGAGUACAGCCACUUUGCCCUGGCUGAUGAGAUGAACAGCUACCGCCUCUUCUUGGGGAACUACAGCGGCGACGUAGGGAAGGACGCCCUCACCUACCACAACAACACGGCCUUCAGCACCAAGGACAAGGACAACGACAACUGCCUGGACAAGUGUGCUGAGCUCCGCAAAGGUGGGUACUGGUACAACUGCUGCACGGAUUCCAACCUCAACAGCGUGUACUACCCCCUCGGAGAGCACAGCAAGCACCUGGAUGGCAUCACUUGGUAUGGCUGGCACGGUUCGCAUUACUCCCUCAAACGGGUGGAGAUGAAAAUCCGCCCAGAAAACUUCCACUCCUGAGAAAGGAGGCUGCGGCAGACAGAGAUGGGGACAAAAGGAGCAGGGGAGGGAGGAAGAAGAGGACGUCUCUGUAAAGCGCCAUAAAACAGCAAGUGCCAAGGGGGCUGCAGUCGACGAUGAACAAGCCACAGAUUCUGAGCAGAGCGUGGGGGGGAGGAGAGAGCUGGGCUG